AUGUUUAUUUAUUUAAAAUUAGUUCGAUAUGUACAAGGAAUGAGUAAAUGUGUAACACCUGCGAAUAUAUUAGCUCGUGCAAAAAGAGAAUUAAGAAUGGGUCAACGUACAGUUAUACUUGUAACAAUAUUAUUAGCACUUGGUGUUCCAUAUACAAUAAUUAUUUUUAUGCCAUUUUUCACAAAUCCACCAAAAUAUCAUUUUCGUAUUGCUUUUAUAUUUAUCGAUGUAUCAUUAGCAUUUGUGAUGAUUAUUUUUAUUUAA